ACGAUUGCAAAAAUACAUUAUACAGGCAGCAGAGUACUGUACAUUUGUUUUUUGGUGAAUAAUGAAAGAAAAAAUGUAUACAUAAAAAUAAAGCAAAAAAAGACGUCGAAAUUUCGAAGGCAGCUUGUUUUUAACAGUAGAAGCGCUCAGCGGCCACCGUGACAGCCUUGAAGUUCCAAUAAUAACGAUUUAAUAAAAAUGGCUUCCGAAAAUCUAAUGACCUAAUAUUUAGCAUCCACCAUCAUUUGCUGCUGCUAUCGAUUCGCCAGAUUAAAAUGCUUCAUGCACACUGUGUAAUUAUCCCACAGAAUAGUUGAGCGAUUAGCCGAAAAUGAAUGGCUUUUCUCUUUGUUCCUUUGACACGACUUGUGUUUUAUUUUGACGUAGUUGUUUUUGUCGAACACGGCUAGCAACUUUAGCGGAACAACCGAGUGAGGACGCAGCGCAGUUUAGUGAAGAGAUGCAAGUGACCCAAACGAGGAUAUCCAUGUAAACUUUAGCUGCGAAUGUUGGUCGAUAAGUAUCCUGUCGGUCACCAUAACUCAAAGAAACCGGCCUUUCUUUCGCUUGCUACAAAGUCUGGGACUGUGCUUUCCGAAAACCCAGUUUUCGUGCAAACUUGCCUCAACGACCUCGCCAGUGAGAUUCCAGAACAGCACUAAAGCUAACUGAUGUUAGCAUUCAAGCUAAAUUUACUACCACGGAGCCAUUGCUUGAAGCCUAGAAACGUUUUUGUAGGUGGUGGAUUGGCUUUUCGACAUGUGUUUGUGCUUAACAGUUCCCCGACGCUGUACAACCACUUGAUAGUGAGCGCUGGUCGUUGGUUAGGUUGGUGACUGUCCAUCUGGUUGGAGAGCUAGCACAGCCUGCCUUCCGCCACCGUGCUGCACUUCCCCCACUCCCACAGCAACCGGCUAGCCGAAGCGUUAGUCCGGUACUUAAAAUGAAGCGACCAUCCGCAAUUCUGGACUUUGUGGGGCUCUUUGGAUUUUGCUGAUGCACGAGGAGACGGUACCGUUUGUGUGAGAUCUCUGCCAAAGAGAUCAAAGCAGCAGCAGGGAAUGGAUGAGCAGAAAUCAAACUGCGAAGAGAAUGACUCUGAACCAACAGCUGAUGAUAGUGCUUCUGCAAGGCAGCCUGUCUUACCUGAGGAGUUGUCCAAAGGCUCUGCUGCUCACGAGUCUGACAUUAAGGCGGUCUCCUCUGCCUCAUCUUUAGAGAGUGUCCGUGUCUGUGCGCUUUGUAACUGUUUGGAGCGCAGCUUACACGGACAGCGGGAACUGAGAUAUUUUGAGCUGCCGUUUGAGCGGCCAGCCCACAAGAGAUCAGCUUCCCAGCUGCCAAAGCCUGGAAAUGAUGACCUGUCUUCCAUUGGAUUUUCUGACUCUCCUUGUCUGAGAGCACUCCUUGAUGACUCAGGUGGUUGUUGGGUUCAUCAUUGGUGUGCAGCGUGGUCAGAGGGGGUAAAUCAGACAGAGGAUGAGGAACUGGAGAAUGUGGAUAAGGCUAUUAUCUCAGGGACUCAACAAAUUUGCGAAUAUUGCAAAAGGUUUGGUGCAACUAUACGAUGCCACAUAGAGGGCUGCACUCGAUUCUACCACUUCCCCUGUUCUGCAGCCAGCGGAUCCUUUCAGUCCAUGAAAGAGUUGCUCCUUCUCUGUCCGGAGCACUUCAAUAAGGCAGAGGAGUUAGCUGGGGAGGAUUCUUGGUGCGCGGUGUGCGACUCUGCAGGUGAUCUCACUGACUUGCUUUUCUGCACGGGCUGUGGCUUACAUUAUCAUGCAACCUGUUUGGACACUGGUGCCACACCAAUUCUGCGAGCAGGAUGGCAGUGUCCAGAGUGUAAAGUGUGUCAGACCUGCAGACAACCAGGAGAAGACUCCAAAAUGUUGGUGUGUGACUCUUGUGAGAAAGGAUGCCACACCUUCUGUCUUCAGCCAGCCAUGGAUUCUGUGCCCUCUGACCGCUGGAAAUGCAGAAGUUGCCGUGUGUGUAUGGAGUGCGGUGUUCACGGUUUGGUUCUGCCCGGCACGGCCCAGUGGUUUGAGAGCUACACCUUGUGCGAGGGCUGCCAGCAUCAUCGCAGCUCAAUUUGUUGCGUUUGCAGCAAACCUGACAACCCGUCUGUCAGCCUCCAGUGCUGCAGCCUCUGUCACAGAUGGAUGCACAGCGAAUGCUCUUCACUCACGGAAGGUGUCGAUGCCAAGGCAGUUUGCCUGCUUUGUAAAGAGGAUCAGCAGCCUGUGGCUAAAAUCUGCUUGAUGGAGGUGCAGACCAACGAGGAGACGACAAUCCAAACAGGUGCUGACACUGUCCCUGAAGAGGGGGAGGAUUUAGUAAAAGAGAAGCCAGAACAGAAAGGAACCUUGGAGACGGCUCAGUCAGGAGAUGAGUCAGGAAAACAGACACCCAUGGAUUUGGGGGUGGAAUCUUCUCCUAUUACACAACCACAUAUUGAGGACAGAAGCGUGGAGAGGGAACUACGCGUGACAAUGGAAGGUCAGACCUCACCUGCACCACUUGUGUCCACAGAGUGUGCGACAACGGAGCAAAGGGGGCCGCGUCUUCCUGCCACCGAUGAGAGACCAGAAGAGCCUCUCAGCCAGACACGACUAGCCACUGCUCCUAUCAGCCCCAAAGUGGAAUCCCCAUCUAAUGACGGCCUCAAACCAACACCAGCGUUAAAUCAAGAUCCCAGAGACGUUGAGAUGGAGACGGAGCAGGAAAACCUAGAGGCUACUCAGACGGUUAAACAGGAAACCCCACAGAGUGAAUCUGGGGACAUGAGUGACGUGGAACCAUCUAGAAAGGAGUCUUUCAAGUCACCAACUGUAUCUAUGGACAAAACAGAACUUUUGUCCAUGAAUUAUACACAGGAGAGAAGUCUAUACCCAGACUCAGACUCCCAGUUUCCUAAUCUGGUGGACACCCAGGAAGCAGUCUCUGCUCUGGACAUGGAAGAAGGAAGUUUACUUCCUCAAUCUGAGGAUGAAGAGGAGGAAGAGGAUGACGAGUUAAUUAAAAGACACGGUGUGGAUUUAAAGCAGGACCUGCAGGAGGUUAAGUCUGAGCUGCUGCUGGAUGACAUGUCCAGUAUUAGCCAUGGGGAUGAGAGCAGCAGUGGCUUCUUGGGCUCUCCAGGGGAACCUGAUCUUCAGCUGUCUAUGGAGCCCGGCCUUGUUCCUGGUAGUCGGUCUCAUGGUGAUAAUUUGCUCACAGAGACCGAUGACUCGCUUCCGUUUGAACCGUUCAGAAGUGACAGAGAGAAGGCAAGGCGGAGAGGAUCUCCAGGUCGCUCCAGGGUCAAACAGGGUCGAAGCAGUAGUUUUCCUGGAAAGCGCCGACCUCGCGGUGGUGGCGCCGGCAGAGGGCGUGGUGGGAGGUCCAGACUCAAAGCUAUGGCUUCCUGCAUUGAUGCCUUCUUGCUAAGCAUGACCUCAGACACUGGACUAAGUAAGGAGGAAGAGGAGGAGGAAGAUGACACCAUGCAGAACACCGUGGUGCUUUUCUCAAACACGGAUAAAUUUGUCCUGCUCCAGGACAUGUGCGUUGUGUGCGGCAGCUUUGGAAAGGGUGUGGAGGGUCAGCUGCUAGCUUGUGCUCAGUGUGCUCAGUGUUAUCACCCUUACUGCGUGAACAGCAAAAUCACCAAGACGAUGCUGCGUAAGGGCUGGCGCUGUUUGGAAUGUAUUGUUUGUGAAGUGUGCGGAGAAGCCUCCGACCCCUCUCGUCUGCUGCUGUGUGACGACUGCGAUGUCAGCUAUCAUACUUACUGCCUGGAUCCACCCCUGCACACUGUACCAAAGGGGGGUUGGAAGUGCAAAUGGUGUGUGUGCUGUGUCCAGUGUGGUUCCAACUCACCAGGUUUCCACUGUGAGUGGCAGAACAAUUACACUCACUGUGGUCCGUGUGCCAGCCUCGUUACGUGUCCAGUUUGCAGAGAAAACUUCAUGGAGGAAGAGCUGCUACUGCAGUGUCAGUACUGCGAUCGAUGGGUCCAUGCUGUCUGUGAGAGUCUGUAUACAGAGGAUGAGGUGGAACAAGCUUCUGAUGAGGGCUUUGCAUGCACAUCCUGCACUCCAUAUGCUCCAAAACCAGCUGUGGAAUCGGCCAUUAUGGCGUCAAUAAAAAUUAAGGAGCCGGAACCCCAGUUCUAUCGGUUGGAGGGUGUGUGGCUUACCGAGUCGGGCAUGUCCCUGCUUCGCAGCAUCUCCAUGUCUCCUCUGCAUAAGAGACGUCAGCGUCGCUCCCGUCUGGGCACUCUGUGUUGUGAAGGAGGUUCUGACGGAAUGGAUCUAAGAGAGGUUGAAGGGGAAGGAGAGGAGGGAAAAGGCUGUGGGGAACCCAUGGAAUGCGAGUCCAAAAUGGAUCAUCCGGGGAGCCCUGACAGAGAAGGGGGUGACAGGGAUGGCGGGGCUGAAGGAGGUGCAGAAGGCAUGGCUGACUGCGAGGGCCUCAAAGGAGGAGCAGAGGAGACGGAAGACAGCAAAAAAAGGAAGAGGAAACCAUACCGGCCUGGGAUCGGGGGCUUCAUGGUGCGACAAAGGAAGUGUCACACGAGAAUGAAGAAGGAGUUCUUUGCCCAGCUGGCCGGAGAGACCACUUUAGAUGGACAGCCAAUAGAAAGAACCAUCGAAGAAGGGCCCCACCCUGACAUAGAUAACAUCUUAGAUCCCAAAGCAGCAGAAGGCGAGGAGCAGGCCAAGAAGCGCCGGGGCCGAAAGAGAGGCAAACUUGAAGACAUGUUUCCAUCGUAUCUGCAGGAAGCUUUCUUUGGGAAGACACUAAUAGAUUUCAGUAAGAAAGCUGUGAUGAUGGUCCCUGGGCAGCGGCCAGGCGCAGGCCCUGUCCGCCCUUCUUUACCAGCAGCAGUCAGAAAUGUCACGUCAGAAACCGACCCCAAGGAUUCUAUGGUGGAAGGCGGUUUGCCCCUUAAACAAGAAGGGGGCGAGCCCCCACAGGCUCUUGGCGACUGCAGAGGAACCUCGACACCAUCCUCAACCUCAAGAGAGCAGAUGUCUACUGAUCCUCAAGACUGCGAUGCAGAAAAAAGUGACGGGCUUCCACACACAGUUGAGAGUGAAGAUUCGGAGCGCUUCUUUAAGAAGGUUCUCGGAGUUCCUGAUGGUUCUUCUUUAGGGGGUAUGAAGCCCAUCUUGGAAGGCAGUAAAGGAGACCUAAAUCGCAGUUCCCUGCCACAGAGAAUCCUUCCUGCAGGCUCCCUGCCCUCAGCUGGAAUGAUGGAUGGAUUUCCUGGCCUCUCUCAGCCUCCCUUCUUUGACAUGAGGGACAGAGGAGGACUGUUCAGUCCAGAUGGGGGAGAGGAGAGCCCAUGGGCCACUCCUUCCACUCCUGCAACCCCCUCCUCCCCACCCACUCCCACAGAGGCAGAAGGCGAUGGGCUUUCCUACAACCAGCGCAGCCUUCAGCGCUGGGAAAAAGAUGAGGAGCUGGGCGAGUUCUCCACCAUAUCCCCUGUUCUUUAUGCUAACACCAAUUUCCCGAAUCUGAAACAGGAUUACCCAGACUGGGCGAGCCGCUGUAAGCAGAUCAUGAAGAUCUGGAGGAAAGUGUCAGCUGCUGACAAGGUUCCAUAUCUACAAAAGGCCAAAGAUAAUCGGGCAGCUCAGAGGAUCAGCAAGGCGCAAAAACAGGCAGAAAGUCAGGUCUGCAGGCCGAUCAAGACAGAGCCAGGCCGUACAAAGGGAGAACGCCCCAACUUGCAUCUCCAGAUCCCUCCGCCUUCUGGAUGUGCAUCUGUUUCUUCCCAGCCCAGCUCUGCAGAGAGCCCGUUUCCUUUUCCUCCAGAUUCGGGAUCAUCCUCUGUCUUUUUCUCAGAUGGACCUAGUAAGACCCCGUUAUCAGCUGAAAUUCGGGCUGAUCCCUUGGCCAAACUUCCUCCUCAGUCACCCCAUUCUCACUCAUAUCCAUCCACACCAUUCUCUCAUGCUGGGGCCAGCCCCUUACAGGCUUCUUCCUCAGGUUAUUCUGCAUGUGGCCCUCAGGGUCCUCCUCAGGGACGGUCAGCUAGUGUUGGCUCUUUUGAAAUGCAACCAGGAACUCCUGGAACCCCAAGACGGGCUCAGCAGGUUGACCCCUACUUCCGAUCCCAGCUGCAGCAGCAAUCACAGCAAGGCUCUCAGGAGUCCAUAGGACCUCAUGAGAGUCACCAUGCAAGAGCUCCUGGAGUUGUGGAUUUACCCAUUUUCUCACCAUCUCAAAAUACCCACUAUGGAGACUGUUUCAGAACCCAGCAGGGAAUAGGUCAGGCAGAGUUUGCUUCAUCUUCAUCUCCAUCUGCUGUACCGUCUUCACCUGCAAGUACAGGACCCUACAGGGCUGAGUUGAGUGUACUUUCUCCACACUCUUCUGCUGCUGGAAGACCCGAGCUUUCCUCUGAUUCUCCAGCUGGAGGUCUGGAGUCUGGGGAUGGUUUAUUCAAGGCUCCUAUGACACCGAGAAUGCAUCAAGGGGAAAGUGGGCCACUUCAUCCUGGAGCUUCCCCAAGUCAUUCUGAGGGCUAUAGACAGUCCCCCUCCCACAAUCUCUCUGACCUUCACGCUCCAUCACCCAGACCGCAGUCUGCUGAUAACUGUUCAAUUGGGCCCCAAAGACACCCAGCAGCUCAACAGGAUCUUGGUGGUGCCAGAGUUCCCUCAAGUCCACAGUCCAGGAGCAAUUCCCAGUCCCCCCACACCCCUGGUGGCAUGUCCAAUGAUGGUUACCAUGCCAGAUCUCCUGCCACCCCUCGUUUUCACUCCCCGGACCCUUGUUCUCAGCCACCGUCGAGGCCGCAGUCCACAGAUCCUUUUACUUCCAUUCACAAACCUCCUCGCACACCGUCUCAGACUCAAGAAGGAGCUGGAAGUUACAAAACCUCACCUCAUCCCCACCAACCACCUUCAUCGAACUCUGCCAACACUUCCACUGGAGAUCCCCUCUCUGGGAAACCGUCAGCCCCCCCAGCUUUCAGUCGCAGCCCCACUGCAGGCAACUUCCAGAUUACCCAGCAGCAGGUGCAGACGACACAGGGUCAGUCUCCACAACCUCAGGUCACAUUAGGAGUGGACACUCACAGCUCUAGGGCGCCCUCUUCUGGAUCUCAAGAUCUAUCUGUCAAUCCCCCUGACUCUGCUCAGCAGCCAGUCUCUCAAGAAAUGCCAGAUAUGUCUCCAGCACAGGACCCUUCAUUAGUGGGACUCAGCCCACCAGAGCUGGAGAAACACAAACAGCGCCAGAAACUUCGGGAAUUCAUUAUCAGGCAACAAAUGCAGAAAAACUCCAUGAGACAAGAGCGGGAGGCCGCAGCGGUUUCUGCUGCUGCUGCUGCUGCUGGAAACACCUCACCUGGCUGGUCUGGAGGAGAAAUGGGAUCCUUUGGGCAAGAGAAGACCCACAGAGCGCCACCACCUUAUCCACAGGAUCGUGCUCCUGCUGCUGCUUCUGGAGGUCAGACUUCUGCUACGGGGAAAAUGCCAAUGCCUAUAGAAGGUAUGGAUGAAAAGCUCAUUCGUCCACCACUGGUGACCACACCUGCUGCUAUGGAUCCUGCUGCCCUGAGGCAACAGGGCCCUACAAGACCUCAAGGCAUGUUUCCUCGUCCACCAUUCCAUCCUCAAUGGCAAGGCCAGACUCCUGGUCAAAGGAGGUUUCCUCAGCCUGGCAUGGACUCGAUGGCUGUAAGGCAUAAUCUCAACCCAGGUGUUAACAUCCAGGGGGUAGAAGGCAUGGGUAACCCUCAUUCCAUGAUGCCAGGACACGGCGAGACCAUACAGCCAUUGGGUCAAGGUCCCCCACCACAGUUCAUCGAGCUGAGGCACAAUGCACAAAGACUACCUUUGCGUCCACAGUUCAUACCCCGUGGACCUCAGCCAAGACAACGUCUCUUUAUCCCACAACAAGAGAUGAAUGCAGCGUAUGUUCAGCAACACCCCAUAGCCCAAGCUGGUGGCAUUCAAACAGAGGGAGGUGGUGGCUCCAAGCUGGAAAUGCCGCAGGGUGGUCUGCCAGUCUUGCUGCCUCAGCAGUCUGCUGGUAUUGUGUCGCAACAGCCUCACUUUCAGCAUCAUGCCACUUCUUCCAACUCGAGCGCAGCUGGUGCCGAGCAGCAUCCACUUGCACGGACAGGCUUAGGGCCACAGCACCAGCCUGCAGCUGUACAGAGCAGCGAGGAGUUACCGGAGCCGGAUCUUGAGGGGCUGGGGGAGGCUGCUGGGGAUGAGGGUGUGGAAGAUGAGGAUGAUCUGGCCCUCGACCUGGAUCCUGAUAAAGGAGAUGACGACUUGGGUAAUCUGGGCAAUCUUGAAACCAAUGACCCACAUUUAGACGACUUGCUUAACAGUGACGAGUUUGACCUGCUUGCUUACACUGACCCCGCGUUGGACCAAGGUGACCCUAAAGAUGCGUUCUCAGACCAGCUAAGGCUGGUGGAAGCAGAAAGUGAAGCACCUUCAUCUUUGUCUGGACCUACCCAUGUGAAGCUGGAGGUCAAGGUCGAGCAGGGGCAGGGGAAGUCUUUAACCAAACCAAUGUCAAAUAUGUCCAAGAUCAAGACAGAGGGGAGAGGUUUGACCCCUCAGCUUCAGCCUGCACAGACUAUGGUCAAGGAUGAAAUGGGAAAUGCUGUGUCGGUGCUCCUUGGCAGGACCACACCAACGUCCAAAACACCACAAGCAGAACAGCAGUCCGCCUCUCUCGGCUCUGUUCGAUUAGGUGGAGUUCCAUAUCCCUUGCCAGGCCAACGGGAUUCUUUUCCUGCUGGUGCCUCACAUGGAGAUAUUUGUGACGAUCCACUGGGACUGCCAGAUGUUGGAGGCCAGGGUUCUCCAGCAGUAGAUUUGGCAAAGGUUGAGAGCUCUUUAGAGGGGGAAUUGCCUCUUCUAAUACAAGAUCUUUUGGAGCACGAGAAGAAAGAACAACAGAAACAACAACAGUUGAGCUCCCUUCAUCAUGGAGGAAUGGCUUCCCAUUUUCCUGGCAUCUCCAGUCAACACCCAAACCCACAAGUACCUGGGCAACUAAUGCUGCAGCACCAACAUCGUCCUCCACCGCAGGGGCUGAUGGCACAGCCGGGACUGGCUCCUCGAGCUCCAAACAUGUUGCAGCAACAGCAUCAUCAGCAGAGGUUCAUGGCUCCUGGAAUUGGGCCUCAGGCUCACAUGCCUAUGGCUCCACAGCAGGCCAUGAUGAGAGCAGCACAGCCUGGGAUCCAUGCAGGCCUUGCUCAUCAACCGCAGGCAGUGGUCAAACAGUCACCUUUGGUGAACAGUUUUUUCCCUGAUAAAGAUCUGGACAAAUUUGGUGAUGAUAUCAUGGAUCCAAUUGCCAAGGCUAAGAUGGUGGCGCUUAAGGGUAUAAAGAGAGUGCUGACCCAGGAUCCGAUGGUUGUAACGCCUGGAAUUAACAGGCAACAGGUUUCCCUGCUUGCUCAGAGGCUGGCUUCUGGUCCUGGUACAGAUCCAGCUCAGGGUGCAGCUGGACCAUCAAAGGAUGGAGAAGCAAGCGAUCCUUCCCAGUCAAGACCUAAUCCUCCUCAGUUUGUGCAAGGAAUAAUCAAUGAAGCAGAACAGCACCAAUAUGAGGAAUGGCUCCUUCAUACUCAGCAGUUACUCCAAAUGCAGCUGAAGAUUUUGGAAGAGCAGAUUGGAGUUCACAGAAAGUCCCGGAAGGCCCUGUGUGCCAAGCAGCGCACCGCUAAGAAAGCUGGAAGGGAGUUUGCUGAAGCAGACGCAGAAAAACUAAAGUUGGUCACAGAAGAGCAAAGCAAAAUUCAGAAACAACUUGAUCAGGUGCGGAAGCAGCAGAAGGAGCACACCAAUCUCAUUGCAGAGUACAGAAGUAAGCAGCAGCAACAUCAACAAGGCUCUGGUCUUCUUACUCCGGGUCAUUCUGCUCAAGGCGGCCCGCCUCACAUGUUUCCAAAAAUGCCGGGUCAGAUGGUGAUGGGCCAGCAGGGGACUCCAGUAAUGGGCCAGCAUCCUGGUAUGAUGGCCCAAGGUGGAGUGCCUUUGAGAAUGCCACAAGGACAGCCCUUUAUUGGAGGAGCACAGCCUCAGCAUCCUGCUGCUCUGGGAACCAACGUUCCCAGGGUACCAGGUCCUGGAGCUCCACCAGGCUUCUUCCCACAAGCACCUGGAAUCCAAGGUGCAGAUCCCAGGAUUCUUCAAGAAAGACAGCUUCAGCAUCGGAUGCAGAUGGCAAAGCUCCAGCAACAGCAGCAGGCGAUGAUGGGUCAGCAGCCGAUGCCACAGCAGGUUCAACACCCUAACCAGCAGGCUGGUUUAAUCACCCAGCCACAGUCUGCUAUGAUGGGAAAUCAACUUAUGGUUCAACAACAGGCUAACUGUCAGCAAGGAAUGCUUGCUAAUCAGACUAAUCAGCAAAGCAUGGUGCAGGUCCAGCAAGGAAUCGUGUCGAGUCAGUCUGGGACUCCAACACAACAGAACCUUGUUGGAGGCCAGCUUAACAACCAUUCUCAAGUCCCAAUGGCGCCCCAGAGAGGUGUCAUGGGGAAUCACUCAGCACAGCAGCUCAGACCUCAGUUGAUGAUGGCGCAGCAGGGUAUGGUGGGUCCUCCCCAUCAGCCCGGGCUCAGGGGACCCCGGGCUCAUCUGACUCCUCAGCAGCAGAACAUUCUAGCCCAACGCAUGCUGGCAUCUCAGCAGCAACAGAAUGUUGCAAACAACCUGACCCCUCUUCAACAGCAGCAAAUGUCCCAGCAAAGCCACCCCGCACAGAUGAUCGGUCAGUCCAGUCAAGAGCAAGAGGGGCUCUCCAAACCCUCCACCCCACAGAUCGGCUCCCCGCCGGCGGCUGGAAGCAACACUCCCCAGCAGCACGGUUCCUCUGAAAGUCAAAGCUCUGGAUCCAAGGAAGGUGGCAUCCUCAGUCCUGAGGCAAGAACCCCGCAGCACAGUGGACCAUCCACUCCCAUUCAGAUGUCUCAACAAGCCUCUUUAAAUGAGAACCUGCCUGGUUUGGGUCAGCAGCAACAUCAAAGCCAGGUGCACAUUACCCAGCAUCACCAGCCUAACCCCCAGUCUGUUCACGAGCAGCAGACAGGAAUGUCUGGAAACGUGCAUAUGGCUGUGUCUCAGGAACAGCUGUAUCAAGUUCCCCUGACUCAGCAGAGACAGGCUUCCCUUAGUGCUGACAAACCUGCUCUGAUGACCAUAAAAGAAGAAGGCAAACCAGCUGAUUUCAUUGCUCAACAGAAAAGCGUUCAAAAUGCUGCAGAGCAGUCACAUGGCUCCACCAUGCAGCAGCAGGUUAUGGGUCAGAGUCAUCCCAGCCAGCCACAGUCUGCCCCAAUGGGCCUUAAUCCACAGCAGCAAGCCCUCAUGGCCCAGCAGAAGCAACAGGCAAUGAUGGGCAUGAUGAGAGCUCAGCAGCAGGGGAUGAUGAUGCAGAGGCCCAUGGUUCCACCAGGACAGAUUCGAACCCCCAUCAACAUCCAGGCCAUUAUUGCUCAGAAUCCUCAGCUCCGCAACCUUCCUCAACCCCAACAGCUCCAGCACUUACAGGCCAUCAUUGCUCAGAGGCACCUCCAUCAGGGUCAGAUGCUUAGAAUGUCAGUGAAUCCAGGCCAGCCAGGUCAGAUGAGACCACAAGGACCUCCGGUUGGGCAGCAGAUGAUGGGCAUGGAAGGACGUCACAUGCCAUAUGGAGGCGCGGUGCCGCCAGGAGCAGCGGUAAGUCAGCAAGCACCGGGCAUGUUUGGCCAGCAGCCUAAUGCUACUCCUCAAAUGCAGCAGGAGAUGAUGGUCCCUGUCCAGAAGCCCCCACCAACAGGGGAGAUGAUGCAACAACACAUGAGAGAGCAGGUACCCCGUUCUCCUAUGGACCAAAGCUGGAUGAUGAGUUCAGCUUCUCCACGUACCGCAUUAGCCAACUCUCCCGGGGAUCCACAACGGCACUCUUUUAAUCAAGCCAUGCCUUCACCCACUCCCAACCAAAACAAACAACAAACACUAAUGGCAGCUGCUGGAGGGCGCAUGCAGGGCUCUCCAUCUCACGCAUAUUCUCCGAGAGUUCCUUUUGGCAUGAGCCCAGUCCACCCAUCUUCUCCUCAUUCAUCUCACGUUUCUUCACCGUCUGGAGCUGGAAGGGGAAGUCCAUACAGCCAAGUCAAGGCCUCCCCACUGAGGUCACCCGAGUCCAGGACGCCAUUUGAUUGCCCGCCACUGAAAACAGAAACUUUGCUAUCAGGCAGUGAAGCUUCUAAGACCGCCUCACUCAUUCCUAAUGGGUUAGAGAAAGGCCCGAAUCUUCAGCAACAGUUGCAUCAAGUCACAGACGGCCAAACGCAAGCAGAGCUGUGUCAACUGACGGUUCAGAACAUAAAACAAGAACCAAGAGAAGUUCAGUGUGACGGAGCAGCAGAGGCCAGUCCUGGAGCCAUAAAGAGAGAGGCAGCCUGUGAAGUGGGUGCUUCAGAGAACAACACUAGCUCCAUUACAUCUGCAAACCUGGCUAAUAACCCCGAAAGCCAAGGGCUUAGAUCAGAGACAGGACAGCAACUUCUACAAAAGCUCCUAAAAACUAAAAAUAUUCAGCUUGGCGCUCCGAGGCCCUCCGAGGGCAUCCACAGCGAGAUCAAUGGUCACAUCAACAGCAAACUGGCAAUGCUUGAACAAAAACUGCAAGGGACUCCACGCAAUAUGGAGGAUUUACAGUCUAUAACAAAAAGACCUCCUGUGCAAAAACCAAAGCGCACAAAUAAGGCAAACGGAGUGCCGAUCUCACGGAAGAAGAGCAAGAAAGACGAGGUUGGGAAAAACGCUGAAACCCUAAUAAAACAAAUCAAACAGGGCCUCUCUUUACUGCCUUUGAUGGAGCCGUCAAUCACUGCCAGCCUGGAUGUGUUUGCCCCGUUUGGAAGUAGCCCGGCUAAUGGCAAAGUCCAGCUCAAAGGAUCAUUUGGAAAUGCAGUGCUAGAGAACAUACCAGACUACUAUUCUCAGUUACUCACUAAGAGUAACCUUAGCAACCCUCCAACGCCCCCGUCUUCUCUGCCACCUACUCCACCACCAUCCGUUCAGCACAAGCUGCUGAAUGGAGGGAUUCCAGGGGAGGAACAUUCUGAGGGCCAGAAAGACACAGAGACGGCCAAAGAGCCUCUGGAGGAGGUGAAGAGUGUGGAUAUCCUAGCAGCCCUGCCCACCCCACCUCACAACCACAGUGAAGACAUCAGGAUGGAGAGCGAUGAUGAAGAUGCUCCAGAAAGCAUCAUCCCAGCAUCGUCCCCUGAGAGUAACGUGGGAGAUGAAACGCCCCGUUUUCCUCACCUGCGAGAGCCUAAGGAGGAGGAAACUGACAGAGCAAUUUCUCCAAUUAUACCCCUCAUACCGCGCACCGCCAUCCCAGCAUUUCCUGAGAAGCAGACUGAUCCUGAUGGGAGGGCGGUUUCCACGUCCAACAACUGGGAAAAGUCAUCAAGCAACGAAGUGUCUGUCACCUUUACAAUGUCCUCUGCUGCAGCCAAGAAACUUAACAAUGUAAUGAUGGCAAUGGCCCAGCUGCUUAACAUAAGGAUGCCGGGUUCCUAUGACAUCACCUUUCCUUCACAAAACACCGAUAUGUCUGCAGUGGACGGUUCCGGAAAAGGACCUGAUCAGUCAGGGGCUUUGUGCUCAAAGGACGACGCUGCAUCCAAUCAGGAUGAGUGGCUGAGGCAGUUUGAUGUUUCGUUGCCGGGCUGCACGUUGAAGAAACAAGUAGACAUUUUGGCUCUUGUUAAACGGGAAUUCCAGGAGACAGACGACAAACCAGUUCAGCAUUGUUACACAACCAAAGUAAACGAUCUGGACGUACGCCACCUUCCUGUUAUACCUGUGGAGGAAUCACCACCUCCGUCCCCACUGCCUCCUCAACCUCCCCCAUCCUUGCAUGCAAAGGAGAGUGAAGCUGAGUCUUCCAAAAACGUGACACCUCCCUGCCCGGCGUUCCUGAGUCCUGUCACUAUCAAGACUAAAAUUGACCCUGAUCAGGAAGUUGCUACUUCUGGAGAAAAUGCUAGAUGUGCUAAUACCGCAGAAGGUGAUGUUCCUGCUCAGGAGUUGGUUCCUGAACCAACAGCUGCCGCUGCACAUUCAGAUCCUUCUGCGUCUACUGAAGAUCUUCCAACUCUCAGCAUCAAGGAGGAGGACUCUGUCACUGAGUCCUCCCAACCCCCUAAAGAUUCUCCCAUUAUCAUGGAGUCUUCCCCUAGGGCUGUUAAGCAGCAGAGGCCUCUCUCCCCCGAUGAAGAAAUGGUUCAAUCUAAGAUGAAGAGAUGGAAGGGGAUCCGCUGGAAGCGUCUCCAGAUCGUCCUCUCAAUCCGAAAGGGUGGAUCAAAGAAGGAGAGCAGCCGAGAGGUGUCUGAGCUGAUGGAACGCCUGCGCAUCACCCUUCGACCGGACAGGCUGCCCCGGGACAAGCGCAAAUGCUGCUUCUGCCACGAGGAAGGGGACGGGUCCACAGACGGGCCCGCACGUCUGCUGAACAUCGACGUGGAUCUGUGGGUGCAUCUCAACUGUGCUUUGUGGUCCACAGAGGUGUAUGAGACUCAAGGGGGCGCGCUGAUUAACGUGGAAGUGGCUCUGCGUCGCGGACUGCGGACUCUUUGCGCCUACUGCCAGAAAACCGGUGCCACCAACAGCUGUAAUCGGUUGCGCUGUCCAAAUGUCUACCACUUUGCGUGUGCCAUUCGAGCGCGGUGCAUGUUCUUCAAGGACAAGACCAUGUUGUGCACGCAGCAUAAGCUGAAGGGCCCCAGUGAGGAUGAACUCAGUACGUUUGCCGUUUUGCGCCGUGUUUACAUUGAGCGUGACGAGGUGAAGCAGAUUGCCAGCAUCCUGCAGAGGGGUGACCGGAUACACCUGUUCCGCGUGGGCGGUCUUAUCUUCCACGCCGUUGGCCAGUUGCUGCCCUCCCAAAUGGCCAACUUCCACUCGGCCACCGCCAUCUUCCCCGUUGGCUACGAGGCCACGCGUAUCUACUGGAGCACGCGUGUACCCAACAAGCGGUGCCGCUACCGCUGCCGCAUCAGCGAGGAUGAUGGCCGCCCCCUGUUUGAGGUUCGCGUUCUGGAGCACGGCAUGGAGGAUCUGCACUAUCGAGACGCUUCUCCAGAUGGGAUUUGGGAGCGGAUUGUGCAGCAGGUGGCUAAACUCCGUACUGAUUCAUCCAUGCUGAAGCUCUUCACCGAAAACCUGAAGGGAGAGGAGAUGUUUGGCCUCACUAUUCACGCUGUCAUGCGGAUCACUGAGUCUUUGCCAGGAGUGGAGAACUGCCAAAGCUACCAGUUUCGAUACGGCCGACAUCCCUUGAUGGAGCUCCCUCUCAUGAUAAACCCCACUGGCUGCGCUCGCUCCGAGCCCAAGGUCUCCACACAGUGCAAGAGGCCUCACACUCUAAACAGCACGAGUGUGUCAAAGGCCUACCAGAGCACCUUCACCGGAGAGCUCAACACACCGUACAGCAAGCAGUUUGUUCACUCCAAGUCCUCCCAGUACCGCCGUCUGAAGACCGAGUGGAAGAACAACGUGUAUCUGGCUCGCUCCCGCAUCCAGGGCCUGGGGCUGUACGCGGCCAAGGAUCUGGAGAAGCAUACGAUGGUCAUAGAGUACAUCGGCACCGUCAUACGCAACGAGGUGGCCAAUCGGCGAGAGAAGAUCUACGAAUUGCAGAACCGGGGGAUCUACAUGUUCCGCAUCAACAACGAGCAGGUGAUUGAUGCCACUCUCACAGGAGGUCCAGCUCGCUACGUCAACCACUCCUGCGCCCCCAACUGUGUCGCUGAGGUGGUAACAUUUGACAAAGAAGACAAGAUCAUCAUCAUUUCCAGCAGAAGGAUCCCCAAGGGCGAAGAGCUGACGUAUGACUACCAGUUUGAUUUUGAGGACGAUCAGCACAAGAUCCCUUGCCACUGCGGCGCCUGGAACUGUCGGAAGUGGAUGAACUAACCGGCUGAUGGCGGAUUUGUCCCUCGCCGGUCCCGGAACAGUCCUGCGCCAAAGCCUUUGAAUCCUACAUAGCCAGUGAAUAAGCUGUUUUGAAAGACGUGGAGGAAGGCUAUCCUCUGCUGUUGAAGACUAAAGUGUUGACACCUGUAGCCAAAGGUUUGAAGAGCAUUAAUCAGUUAAACCACCUUACAUCAAUAGCAGCUCGAUGGUGGGAUGAACUUGUUUUCUCAGCCAACCCCGCUCCUCCUCCUCCUCCCCGUCCCCCGUGACUGUUUUUACUGUGGGUGAGCUUGCAGUGGUUGUUCCACCAUUCUCAACAUCUACCAAAUAAUCCCACCCUCUGCAAUCUGUGUGUGUGCAGAGCUCGCCUGGAGCUUCGACAAAAAGCCAUGUUAAAAUACUAAGAAUGAACUCAGAAUGCUGUUUAUGUUUGGAGUCGGACCUAUUUCCUGUUCCGUCACACGCCCCCCGCCCCUCUCCUUCCACCACCUCCCAGAAAAAGCACUUUCCUUCAUUGACGACAACACAGAUAUUGGCUGGCAAGACAAUCUUGAUGUGGCUUUGUAUAAGAACUGUGUGUGAUUGAUGGAAAGAAACACGAGACGAAAGGUAAAAAAGAAAAAAGAAAAUCACAAAGGUAUUCAUCUGUGGCUUCAGAUGCUGGAGUCCUAAGGUGGGUUAGCUUGACCCGGUCUACCUCACUGAUUAGCGGGAAAUGACUGCUUUGUAUAAAAUCCUAACUGCUACUGUGGAAUUGCUCUGUAGGGGGCGGGAGCUUUUAUUUUUUUGUUUGUUUUUUGUUUUUUUAAACGGGCUUAGCCCUCUCGGACAAGCAGGGAAUCUAAAGCAGCAGGUUUGCUCUCUACUCUAUGCUGAGUUUGAUUUACAAUAAUGAGCCGCAUAAUUAUUAUACAUGAAUUAUUUAUACAGAGGAAAUAUAUGACCGUUUUGAUAAGAGACUGCAUGAAAAUCACAAUCAGACGCUUACAGGUCAUCAUUCAUGCCCAACAUCCUGGAUAUCGAUGUUUUCUUUUUUUUUUUAGGUUUUUCUUUUCUCUUCUGCAUCUCAAAAUCACACUGUGUGAAAGCACAAUAACAUCCAGCUUUGAGUUUCUUUAGACUGUAAGAUCUAAACCAACGGUUCCAAGACCAGAUAUGGUCUUUGAUGAAUGAGGAUUAUGAAGAAUAAAAAUGAACCAAGUACCCUUUAGAUGCUUGCUUUAUACAUUCACUUGUUGAAAUGGAGCCAGUGGAUGCACGACUACUGUCCCCAUGUUUUUAAACCCCCUAACUCUUUUCCACAACCUUUGAUCAUGCAUCUUCCUCUGUAUUAUUUAAUAGACUGUUGUUUCUCUUUAUUGUAGUGGGUCUUCUGCCAAAAUCCAGCCUACUUCCCCUCUAGUGAGCUUUUUUUCUAGUGCUGGUACUGUCUGAACAAGGCUGAGCUGAUGGCAGGUAAAGACUUCUCGGAAAAUAAAAGGGCAUUUGUUUUAUUUCUUGUGCAAAGAUGGAAAAAAAACAAACAGAAAUCUUUAAAGGGAGCAUUACUUCGACUCCAACCUCCCAAACUACUUUGAUUCCUUCUUCCCCUAACCUAUGACCUCACAUGAAUAAAAAUGCAAAGUUGUACAAACUGUAAAUAUAGUAUAUGCAUUAGGAGACUCAUUAUCCAACCCCCCCCCCCAACCCCUUUGUAAUCAAAUUCAAAAAAUUGGAGGGAAAAAAAAAACCAACCACUGGAUACCAUUUUAACAAACUGUACAUAAAUAUAAAUAUAUGUAAAAUGGCAAACUAAUAUCUUUAUGUAUAUGAACCAGAGUGUUUUGCAUUUACCUGUUUUUCUAUUAGUGUUUUUUGCUAUAAGCUCUCAGAGAAAAGUCUGUUGAAAUGGAUAUGAGGAAAAAAAAAUCUCAACCAUGACAAAACGCCAAGGGGAUUACCGAACCGUCUGUGGGGAGUUGUGGAUUAGACAUUUAAAAAAAACGAAGAAAAAAAAUUCACUUCUUGCAUAAAAGGCAGUACAAUGGUGCAUAGCAUUUGUAUUUAUGUAAUAUUGUUUUGUGUUUAUUUUUUGGUUUUAUUUAUGCUACUGCUUGUCGAUUACCAAAACGUGUCCCUUAAUCUGUCACAAUUGGAUUACUAUAGUCUUCAUUGGAAAAAUCCCGACAAUAUCGUUAGUGGUUUGCUUUCUUGAUAUCUUCCCUAUAGAGGUGAACGUGUUGGUAAACCUUGUGAAAUGGUUACUUGGCCUAAUAUAUGUUAUUAUGUAAUACUUCAAGUUAAUCCUAUACUUAACCUGGUAAUGAAUUGCACUCAUAUUAUUACGGAGAACUUCUCUAAAGUGGUAGAUCUGGAUCCAAACUUCUAUAUUUUUUUUGAUAAGUUUCUAUGUCGAAGGAAGACCGGGACAAGACCUUAUGAUGCUCACUGGAUUUUAGCGUGAAUAAUUUAAACUUCGCCGAAUCUUUAAUUUAAGUUCUCUGCAUAUCUUCUAAUUUAAUAAAAAAGAGAGAAAAAAAAAGAGAAAAAGUUUUGCUCAAAUUGAAGGUUUUUUUUAACCUUAGCUUUUUAGAAAGAUGUUGCAUCUGUACAGCAGAGAUACUUUUAGGGGAAAUGAAUAAAUAUGACCAUUUUUAUUGUAUGUGGCAUGUUUUGUAAGAAUAUUCUUUCAAAUUGUACAGAUUUUUUUCAGGACUUCAGAGGUUGCAUCUCUUUAUAUACUGGUUUCCCGCUUUCCUUUCCCCCUUCAUCUUAUUUGUCUGCUUUUGUUUCUCGGAAAGGAAAAUAAAAUGCAUUUUAAAUAUGUC